UAUGGAUCCAAAAGGAUAAAUCUAGUAGUGUCAAAUACUUAAUUCACACCAUUCCUCUUAUGUGGAUGAUUAAGAAAUUUGCUCCAGACAAGGCUCACAUAGUAAUAAUGACUCAGACUCCUCUUUCAGUUUAGCAGAGCAAGAGUAGGAAUGUAAGAAAUUAUUGAUUUAAUCAUCAAAUGAACAAGAGAUGACAAAAAGAAGAAGAGGUAAAAUAAUAUUUAAGUUUUAAAUCAGGUAAACAUGGACUCAAGUAUGCAAAAAUAACUAACGAUUAGAGAGAGGGUUUGAUCAAAUAAGUCACAUCAACUGGAUGCACAAUAAAAAGUGCAGCAUAAUUACUUGGUAUCAACUUCUCAACUGCCAAGGCCAUCAUGUAGAUUUUCAAGAAGGAAGGAAGAUCUUGUAAAAAAGUCAUUCGAAAGAACAAAAAAAGACAAAGUUAAAUGUUUAAAAGACACUAAGUAGUAACCAAAGACUAAAGUAAUAUAAUAUAUUUAUCCUAAUCUAGGUCUUGAAGAAGAAAAUGAAUAAAAGAAUUAGAUAGAUAAAAUUGCUUAAUAAAUGAUAUAACAACCUAUUUCAGUCUUAGAAGACAAAAACAAAUAAUAACUUCUUAUUAUCCAAUAACUAACAAAUCAGGUAAAUUUAAAGAGUUAUUUUAGAAUUUAAUAUAUUAAGGUUAAGUGUCAAAUAUAUUUCAAGAGAAUGUUGUUUUAACUUAAAAGUAUCAGAGUCUAUGUUAAUAGUAUUAGUAAUUGUAGAAUAUGGUAUAAAAAUAAAAUAUUUAGAUGUAAUAAAUAUUGAUGAAAACAUAAAGUCCAUUAGUUCCAUUCUUUGUUUGA